UCGCUGCAUUUUACGAGCAGCGUUUGUGGAGUCGGUACGUCGGUCGCUCUGCGAGAGGUUCGUCGCUUGGCAGCGUUGAUGUCGUGGCGCUUUUUUUUUCGUGCCUUUCACACACGGCGGUUACAAUAAAAGCAAAGCAGCGGCCACACACACCAACACCACUCGCCGUCGUCCUCUGACAUUUUAACGCGAUCGUGAACGUGAUUUUCGGGCAAGUACGAUCAAGAACCAGGGUUUGGUGUGCCCUAGGGUUUGUACCUGAAACUCUUGCCAACGGUGUUUAGCACCUCUUCGCCACCGCAGCCAGUGUUGCAUGCUGCUGCUGAUUAUGAAAGUGCUGUCGGUGGUGGUCGCCUGGUGAAAACGUGAACCGAGUGUAAAUACAGAACCACACAAACGAUCGCAUAUUCGUGGUGCGAAAUAGUUGAGACGAAACAAGUGUAUUUCCUGAAACCAAGCGCUACCGUUAAAAAGUGUGUCAAAAUAUAGCAAAAUGCGGCUUGUGUGCAGAGUUCCGAUUGAUGCGUUUUCGAGGCGAUUGUUGGUCAUUUCGCUGCCAGUAUUGCUACUGAUUGGCUCCAGCAGUGGCGCCACAGUUACCGAUCACGAUCGAGUGGUAACGUGCUACAUCUCAACCUGGGCCGUUUACCGGGACGGAACCGCGUCCUACGGGCUGGAUGCGUUCGAUCCGACACUCUGCACUCACGCUAUCUACGCUUUCGCCGGGUUGGACGAGCAGAACAAUGCCAUUAAGUCAUUGGAUGCAUGGCAGGACCUGAAGGACAACUAUGGUAAGGGAGGCUACGAGAAGCUGGUGGGUAUGCGAGCGGCCAAUCCACACCUGAAGGUGCUCUUGGCCAUCGGUGGUUGGAAUGAGGGCUCGGAGAAGUACUCCAACCUAGCCGCUAACCCCGAAAGACGGCAAGCGUUCGUUAAAAACGCCCUGGACUUUAUCAAGCAAUACGGUUUCGAUGGGCUCGAUCUGGACUGGGAGUACCCGACGCAGCGCGGUGGCAAACCGAUCGAUCGCGAAAACUUUGUCGCCCUGGUCCGCGAACUGAGCCAACUGUUCAAGCGCAACAAUCUGCUGCUCACGUCGGCCAUCGGCGCUGGUAAGGAUACGAUCGAUUCGGCGUACGAUGUGAAGGCACUGUCCAAGUAUCUGGACUUUCUGCACGUCAUGUGCUACGACUACAACGGGAGCUGGAACCGGCAGGUCGGUCCGAAUGCGCCCCUCACUAGCAAGGACUUCCUGAACGUUGAGUAUUCGAUCGAGCAUCUGCUUAACCUCGGUGCACCGGCCAGCAAGCUCGUCCUCGGACUGCCCUUCUACGGACGCACGUUCGUCAGUGCGAUGGCCCGAGCCCGGUUGGGUGAUGUAGCGAACGAGGUCGGUUUCCCCGGACCGGCCACCAAGGAGAACGGUUUCAUGGGCUACAACGAGAUCUGUGAGGAGCUGAAGCGCAAUUCGGCCGACUGGACGCUGACCUGGGACGUGGCCGCGGCCGAAAUGGUGGCCACCAAAUCGAAUGACACCGCAUCGCAGGUGGUCGUGUACGAUAGUACGCGAUCGAUCGCCAACAAGGUACGGUUUGCGGUACGUCAGAAGCUGGCCGGUUUGAUGGUGUGGUCCGUCGAUACGGAUGAUUUUAACGGGCUGUGUGCACCGGAGACGGACACGUACGUCGAUUUCGGUGAUCGGGAAAAGGUGGAGCUGACGAUUCCGCCACCGGUCAAUGGCAAGUACCCGCUACUGAAGACGAUCAGCAACGCGAUCAUCGUCGCGCUGGAUGAACUCACGCAGGAGAACGUCAUUCCGGAUGUGCAGGAAGUGAGCAAACCUGGUGCCGGUUCUUCGACCGGUUCCUCGGCUGCUAGGAUGGCCCAGCUAUCGGGUAUCACGUUCGGUGUCGUGCUGCUGCUGCUACUGGGAACCGCGGCUUCUGCUGCGACUUACAGCUUUUAAGCUGCUAUUUAACAAAUUCGUUUAGCGUUUAGAAUCAGCCUUGAGAAGCAGAAAAGUGUGGUAAAUAUGAUGUAAUUAAAGUGAGAAGUUUUA